UAUGCUAUUUAUAUUGAAUGUUACAUAGUUUUGAUUACCUCAAUAUCUACAAAAAUUGUCCCAUCAAAAAAAAAUUAUCAGAAUUCGUUGACACAAAAACAUCGUAUCCGAUUACACUUCCACCUCGCUGGAUAACAAUAUUACGAUUUAUUAGCGCUAAUUAGUAAGUUGAGCAAUAACUCGCUGGUAUAACAAACAAAGGGAGACAUUGCCAAGAGGCAAUUACAUAGAAAUAAUUAUUGAAGAUAUUCCACUUAAUUAUCCCGACUUACUCGAGUAUUAUAACGAUUAUAUUGAAUUCCGUUGAAGGUACGAUUAGAGUUUUAUGAUAUAUUAAUGAUUAUAAUAGUUAAUGAUUGAUCUCUCUAAUUGGAUAAGAAUAAGCUAAUAUAAAUAACUAAAGAACAAAAUAUGAUUGAUAGAUUUAAUAAGCUUAGACAAAUCCAACUUUGAUCAAGACUAAACAAAUCAAAGAUCAAGACUUAAACUUUGCGUCUAACGCUUGCCUUAGACAAUUCCAAUUAACGUCGAAUCAACUAUAUCGUUCUUUCACAAAAACGUCGCGAUCACAAUCACUACCACUUAUCGAAUAUGAGCGUAGCGUGAAAUUGGUAAAUAUCUUUCAAAUGUCAAAUUGAUAAAAUUAGACAAUUGGGCUCCUGAUGCAAAACUAUUUUUCUGCGACAUCGCCUACCUAAACAAUAGCCUAUGUCACCCGUGCAUCAUGUAGCUUCCCGUAGGUGAUAUAAUUUUCUAGAUCAGAUAGUCUCCUACAAACAAACAAUAUAAGCAACUUUACCUCUUCAUAAUAUUAGAAUCGUAGCCAAGUUUUUUAAGAAUUCACUAACGAGCAAUCUUCAUACAAUGUCUUCGUUAUUACUUUGUCUAGGGAAAUUUUCGGGAUUAUAAAACUGAACAUGACUAGAGUCCAGCAGGCUAAUUCUACUAAUGUUAACAUAAUGAUUCCGCAACUGCAGAAGUUCCAUCCGAAAACAUCGGAUUCUGUUUCUAGUUCCGCAACUUUUAUGAUGAAAAUUCUAAGUUGUCGCUACAUGUUUGUUUAUUUUUAGCUUCGGCUUAAAUUUUAAUUUCUGGUUCUGUUUCCGCUUCCAUUAUGUAGCUUCCGUUGCACCAUUAAUAAUAAUCACAUCUCAAUGGAAUCGCAACGACUUACAUUUCACCAUUGUAUUUUCUACCUAAACUCCAAUAUUAUUAGUUCAAUGUCUGAUCAUCAAUGGUGGCAUCGGUAUCGUCUGAAGUUAUAAAAAAAAUAUACCACCUAUUUAAAGUUACUUGGUACUCGUUUUUCACAUACUCAUACAUAAAUUCAUAUUUUUUAGAAUUGAUGUCUGAAUAUGUGAAUUACCAGUACCUAUAUAAUAAUUGUUAUACCUAUGAUAUUUUGAUAAAAACUAUCACAAUAACUGUUAUAAAAUAAUAUAUCAUCGUCAUCAAAGAUUAUACUUUAUAUACUACAAAGUUAUACAUUAUACAGUGCGGAUUUGUGGGUGUUAAGGAACACAGAAGCAGCCGUGACCAACGGCUUUACGUACCUUCCCAAACACGGAGUAGUGGAGAUAAUAAUUUUUGGUCACCCCUCCAAAGGCCGUCCUCGCGAAAGUUGCUUAACUUCUGCAACGCAGACCGAAUGCACUUAUCACUACGCUAUCGAAUUUGGUCGAAGGCGCAGCUGGUAACUGGUAAGUGAAGUUGAAUAGUUUCGGUAAUCAGGAUUAGAAUUUGCGUUUAUUUUCUUGAAUAACAGCAAAGCUAUUUAUUUUCAAAUAUAAAAUAUAUAUAUAGUAGAACUUCGAUAAGUUUAAGUUCAAGGUAAACACAAAAUAUUUUAAGUUAUAGAUGUUUUAAGUAAUCAAGGGUCUAUGUUAUGAAUAGGUUAAUAUAGAGCUAGGUAUGUACAUAGGUAUGUAUGUACCCUUGUUCCUAUUUUUACUAGAAUGCGUCAGAAAAACAUAUCGUCGGCUUAGAGUGUAAACCUGCCAAAUCCAUUUUUUGACUUUAUGACGUUAUUCAUACCAUUCGAAAGUGUAAAAAGAAAUACAUAAUCUAGAAAAACAGUCACAGUCCGUUUUCCUUCAAAAUUGUCAAAAACGCGUGAUGAGUAAAACUGUCAAAUCUAUAACCUCAAAAGUUUCCUGCUAACUCCGUGUAAGCCGCCAUUUUAUACCGAGAUUCCGAUUACAGCGAAUGUGCUCGUUAAAAUAAUUGAUGUUUUCUGUGAUAACAGCUUAAAUAAAGGUUGAAAGUUAAAGGACUGAAAGGUAUGUGUUUAUACUGCUAUCUUAAUAUUUAUUUGUGAUGAUAAAUUAAGCAAUAUUUAUUGUAAAACUUCAGAUAACCUAUAGCCCAAACAUGUAGGAUUUAGCAGUUUUUCCUAGCAAUCAAUCUUACAUUCAUUGUACUUAGCAGGUAUUACGUAUCAUCAUAAAUUAACUUUUAAUUGUUUUUUAAUUAAUAUCUUGCUUAAUAAGCUUUCUGUUAAUGGGUUAUAGUCAAGUAUUUAAUCUAUCUAUUCAAUUUUGAAAAUCUAAUUGAGAAAUUAAAAACUAUACGUUUAGAUUGGGACGUAAUUUUAGAGUUUCAACGUAUAGUAUAAUUUUAAUUUUAUUUCGCUUUAUUUUCUACAAUUAUUGUUAUCAGAAUGUAUUAAUUAUUAAUUUGCAGAUGUCAUCAAGUAAGCAUUGGCGUGGCCGUAAAAUCCUGGACUUGUGUGCAAGCAAAGAAGAUAUAAAUAAACAAACAGCACCGGAAUCAUCUCAAGCACCCUUCCCCGAAGAAUGGUCUGUGGUUGAAAAAGUCGAAAUUGAAAUGAUUAUAUCUAAAGAAAUAUAUCAUGACUUAAGCUCAAGUACACAUUGCGACUCCUUCUCACCUACCGGUUUGAAUAAUGUACCUGUAGGAGAUAUUUUUAGUAUACUCUCACCACAAAAUAAUGACACUAAAGAUGUUUAUGUAACUUUGAACCAAAUAAAUAACAAUAGUCAUAUUGAACCUCAAAAUACAGAACAAGAAGUCAAAUUCGAAAAUAUCAAUAAUAAUAUUUCCCCUUUAGAUAAAUCCCCUUUGCAUAAAUUAAUGACUGAUGACCACAACUGUUCCAAUAGUCUGGUUUCUGAAAAAACUAUCAAGCAGAGCACUUUGCAACAAAUUAAAAAUAGUCCUAGAAAUUCUUUUACCGGUACUAUCGACCACUCCAUUAGCUCAAAACUAUCCAUCCAAAUAGAUGAUUUGAUAUCAGAUGAAAGUAUGCACGAAUGUCUGGUACCAUACAAAAUUAAUUCUGACUCUGAGUCUGACUACGAAAACUAUCCAAAGAAAAGCAAUAAAAGAAGAAAAAGGAUUCACAUUCAAAAAUCAAACUGGUAUGCUGAAAGUAAUAGAAAGUUGAGAGAAUCUGGAAAAAAAUACUAUGGAAGAAAAAAAGAAGAAAAGUGGAAUUAUGAAGUUCCAAGGCAACCUAGAACUAUGAAGAAUAGAUGCUCGUGUAAGGAAACUCAAAAAGGAUCUUUGAAAUGUUCAAUGUUUACAGAGGCAGAUAGGCAGAACAUUUUUAAAGAAUUUUGGUCAAUGACUUGGGCAGAGAAAAAAAUUUUUGUUGAUAAUCUUGUGACAGCUUUGCCUGUCAAGAGACCAAGGGGAAGAAAAACUAAUAAUGAGGAAUCGAAAAGAGGACAAUCUUUAUUUUAUUAUUUAAAAAAGGAUGAUGAGCCAAUCAAAGUCUGCAGAACACAGUUUUUAAAUACGCUUGCAAUUGGUAGAUGGACUGUUUUAAAUUGGAAAAAUAAAAAAGGGGGGGCAGCUUUCAAAAAGAACGACAAGGAUUUUGAUUCCAAACAAACAAAAAAACCUUCUAAGCCUUUCGAAUUAGAACGUAAGGAGCUGAAAAAGUUUUUAGAAUCACUGCCAGCGAUGGAAUCGCACUACUGUCGUGCUAGUACACAAAAGAAGUACUUGUUGCCAGAGUGGCGUUCAAAGCGAUCCCUUUAUGAUUUUUACGUCAAUGAUUGGUGUAAAACACGUAAUGUUGUUGCUUUAUCCAUCUGUAAAUUUCAUGAAGAAUUUGACAAUCUUAAUCUCGGAUUGUUUCACCCUAAAAAAGACCAGUGCGAAAUAUGUGCUCUCUAUAAAGUCGGAAGCAAAUCCCAAGAAGAAUAUUCAGAACAUCUAAAGAAGAAAGAAGAAGCUAGAUCUGAGAAGGAGAAAGACAUACGUGAAGAAAAACUUGUUUUUACUGUAGACUUGCAGGCGGUUCUAAUGGCCCCUAAAUCAAACAUUAGUAGCUUGUACUAUAGAACAAAGCUCCAAAUACACAAUCUUGCCUUUUUUAACUUAAACAACAAAGAUGGCUAUUGUUACCUAUGGAACGAAACUGAAGGAGGCUUGAAUUCUGAAGAGUUUGCAAGUAUUUGGGUAAGCUUAAUAGAAAAAAAGGUUUUACAAAAUGAGUUAGCAAAACCAAAUAAAAUAAUUUUUUAUAGCGAUGGUUGUACCUAUCAAAACAGAAGCUGUCUGAUGUCUAAUGCAUUAUUAUGCACGGCUAUGAACAACAACAUCAUCAUAGAACAAAAAUUUCUAGAAGUUGGGCAUACGCAGAUGGAAGCUGACAGUAUUCAUUCGUCUGUUGAAAGGGCUCUUAAAAACAAGAACAUCAAUGUGCCCGCAGAGUACAUCACUAUUUGUAGAUCAGCAAGAAAACACCCUAGACCUUACGACGUAACUUACUUAAACCAUAGUUUUUUCAAAAACUUUAAUGACGUUGGGUUUUUCAAAAGCAUUCGUCCUGGACGCGGUAAAGGUGACCCCAAAGUAACUGACAUUAAAGCUCUUCGGUAUACUCCAGAUGGUGAUAUAUUCUUCAAAUUAAGAUUCACAGAAGAUUGGACCGUACUACCGCAAAGAAAAUCAUCGACAGUUACUGCAUUGCCUUUUGAUUCGCUCCAAAAUCAGCACCUUAGUAGGAGGAAAAUAACGAAAAGAAAAUUUGAUGAUCUGCAAUAUCUGAAAGAUACCUUACCUGCAGACUACCGUAAUUUUUACGACAAUUUACCUUAUGAGUAA